UUCGUUUCUUUAAGCCUAAAGCUAUCAGCUUUUUUCUCAAUCAAAUCGAAUGUUUCGUUUAUUUUGCAAAGAAGUGCACCUACCAUUAAGGCACAAAGCUUCACCAGUACUUAGCCAUGGCCACUUGUUCUCAACCUUCAAUCUAAAAACCACUUCAGAAUGCCCUAAUUCCAAGGACCCACAACCUCUGACAGUCUCCUUCCUCCAAAACUCAUGUGGGUUGUCCUUGGAAUCAGCCAUUUCAGCUUCCAAGAAGCUCAAGAAGCUCAACAUUGAGAACACAAAGAACCCCAACUCAGUUCUGGACCUGUUGAGAACUCACGGUUUGACUCAGACCCACAUCAGAAACUUAAUUAGCACUCAUCCACUAUUGCUUUUGGCUGAUUUAGAGAAUACCCUUAAGCCCAACAUGGAGUUGUUUGAAUCCUUGGGAUUCUCUAGCACUAGCCUUGCGAAAAUGCUUAACAGAGAGCCACGUUUGCUUGAAAGUGAUGCAUACACUGUUGUUGAGUUCUUUAGAGCUCAUGGUUUCAGCGAUGAGCAAAUAUCAACUUUGACCUUGAGGCGUCCAAUGUUGUAUUUACUCAAUGUGCACAAGAACUUUAAGCCGAAGUUGGAUUUUUUCAAAUCUUUGGGCUUGUCGGAUCUUGAAAUUGCAAAGCUUUUAUCCACUGUGCCUUAUAUUCUAGAAGGAAGCCUCGAAAACAAAAUCAUUCCUUGUGUCCUACAGCUUAGGCGGAUUCUUGGCACUGAUGAGAAUGUCUUAAAGGCUAUAAAGGCAUGCUAUUAUAUACUUCAAUGUAAUGUGGAAAGAGUGCUACAGCCCAACAUAUCGAUGUUGAUAAGCCAUGGUGUACCCAAGUCAUUUGUUUUGAAAUGUUUAUUUAUUCGUCCCUCGGCGCUACUUGUGAGGACUUGUCGGUUGACUGAGGCUGCUAGUGAAGUUAUGAAAUUGGGUUUCGAUCCCAAUUGCCUGGGAUUUGUUGUGGCCAUCCGUGUGAUGGCAAUAACGAGUAAGAAACUGUGGGAGGAAAAGGUGGAAGCUUAUAGAAGUUUUGGUUUGUCAAAUGAUGAGAUCUAUUCGGCAUUCAAAUUGAAACCAUUGUUUAUGCUUGUUUCAGAGAAGAAGAUAAAGAAGCUGAUGGGUUUCUUUGUGAACAAACUGAAAAUGAAGCCUUCGCUGAUUUCCAAGGUGUUCAGUUUUGCAACUUUUGAUGUCAAAGGGGUAACCAUUCUUCACUCUUUCCACCUAAAUGAAGGAGCUUUUUUUUUCUCAAACAAAUCAAAUGCUUCGUUUAAUUUGCAUAAAACUGCCCCAGGAAUUGAAGCACAAAGCUUCAUCCCUUACCCAUGGCCACUUCUUCUCAACUUCCUCUCUCAAACCAUUGCAGAACUCCCUAAUUCCAAGGACCCACAAUCUUUAACAGUCUCUUUCCUCCAAAACUCAUGUGAGUUGUCCUUGAAAUCAGCCAUUUCAGCUUCCAAGAAGCUCAACAUUGAGAACCCAAAGAACCCCAACUCAGUUUUGGAUCUGUUGAGAACUCACGGUUUGACUCGGACCCACAUCAGAAACUUAAUUAGCAGUCGUCCACUAUUGCUGUUGGCUGAUUUAGAGAAUACCCUUAAGCCCAACAUGGAGUUGUUUGAAUCCUUGGGAUUCUCUAGCACUAGCCUUGCGAAAAUGCUUAGCAGUGAGCCACGUGUGCUUGAAAGUGAUGCAUACACUGUGGUUGAGUUCUUUAGAGCUCAUGGUUUCAGAAAUGAGCAAAUAUCAACUUUGACCAUGAAGCGUCCACCAUUGUAUUUAUUCAAUGUGCACAAGAACUUUAAGCCGAAGUUGGAUUUUUUCAAAUCUUUGGGCUUGUCGGAUCCUGAAAUUGCAAAACUUUUAUCCACGCAGCCUUCUAUUCUAGAAAGGAGCCUCGAAAAGCAAAUCAUUCCUUGUGUUCAAGAGCUUAGGCGGAUUCUUGGCACUGAUGAGAAUGUUUUAAAGGCUAUAAAGGCAGAGUGCAGGGUAAUUGAAGCUAAUGUGGAAAAAGUGCUCAAGCCCAACAUGUCGAUGUUGAUAAGCCAUGGUGUGCCCCAGUCAUUAGCUUUGAAACUGUUCUUUCUUGGACCAAGAUCACUGCUUAUGUCGACUUUUCGUUUCAGUGAGAUUAUUAGCGAAGUUAUGAAAUUGGGUUUUGAUCCCAACAAUCUGCUAUUUGUUAUAGCCAUCCGUUCCAUGGCAAUGAGUAAAACACUGUGGGAGCAAAAGGUGAAAGCUUAUAGAAGUUGUGGUUUGUCUGAGGAUGAGAUCUAUUCAGCAUUCAAAAUCCAACCAUUGUUUAUGAGUGUUUCAGAGAAGAAGAUCAAGACAUCGAUGAGUUUCUUUGUGAACAAACUGAAGAUGAAGCCUUCGCUGAUUUCGAAGAAUCCUAAUCUUCUACUGCUUAGCCUGGAGAAAAGGAUUAUUCCAAGGUGUUCAGUUUUGCAACUUUUGAUGUCAAAGGGGUUGAUUAAGGCAGAUACUAGCAUCGUUCAUGUGUGGAGAAUAAGUGAGAAACAAUUUGUGGAGAAGUUUGUGUGCAAGUAUCAGAAUGAGGUUCCUGAUGUUGUUAGAGCUCACCAAGGCAAGAUAGAAUUUCAAGGGUUCCCCCUUGAUUUGAAAAUGGAUCUGUUGAUUCUGCAAGUACUAAACCAGGAAGGAGAAAGGCUGCAGCAAGUUUGAGAGGAGGCAGUGGAUUAGCAAUCGACUGGAAAUAACAUUUUUCUGGUCAAAGGGAUACCAAAUUUUCUACCAAGAAAUGGGUAUCAAAGUGAUGUAGAGCUUAUUCAUUGGUAUUUGUAACAUUUCUUUUGAUUAAUUAUUUUGAUCAUCUUCAAUGAAUAAAUGUCAAAUUAUUUUGGUAUU